AUGGCGGGAACAAUUCGACAUUUAUCUACUUACCAUCACGACCCACGUGAACCAUGUGCAAGCACGCUAAUAACUGAGAUCAACGUACAUCUGGCGCUAUUCCGCGAUCUUUUAAUUCACAUCGGCCAGCCACCCGACUGUCCUGAACUACGUGAACGGGUGCGGCGAUUGCGACGCGCCUGUGUCGAGACCACCAAGCAAACUAGCCAGCUUGUGCUGCCCACAUGCAAAAAGACAACAAGCGAGGGCUGUGCAGAGCAGCCUCAAUUAGUUUUACUGUAUUUUAUGUCUCAGCUUCUGUUACGCGAGCUUGCCAAAUGUCACCGCCUGGUUCAACUCGUUCCGAUGGACAUGACGUCGUAUUAUGAGAACCGUGCUGGUCCUUCAAACUUCGGAAAUGUGAUAAGUCAAAUAUUACUGUGCAAACAAAUCACACCCGACUUUAACCAAGAAGAGCUUUGUAGCAUUGCAAAAGACACGCAAGAUAUCAACAGAAUAGUUAAUGAUAUUCAAGAGUACCUGCCACAACACGAAAAUCUCAACCAUUUAGAGACUAACGUAGCACUUAAAGGUGAUGAUAUGAAUGGAUUUUGGAGAAAUAAGCGAAGAGGAUCUCUUUACAAAGGUAUGGGAGUCCUUUGUUGCGUGUCGCGACCGAAUUAUCUUUGA